GAGAGACAGAGCGUGAGCUGGGGAUGGUCAGAGAAAGAGGGAGACACAAAAUCCGAAGCAGACUCCGGGCUCCGAGCUGUCAGCACAGACCCGACGUGGGGCUCGAACUCCCAAACUGUGAGAUCAUGACCCGACCAAAGUCGGAGGCUUAACUGUCUGCGCCACCCAGGUGCCCCUGGUUGGUGUAAUUUCUUAAUUAAACUGCAUUCCCCUGCCCCCCUGGAUUGUGCUGCCUGGAUCCAGACAGCAUUUAUGAGUGCCUUCUGUAUGCCCCACACUGGGCUAAGUGCUUGCUAGGCAUCAUCUUGUGUAACCCUCACAGAGACCUGAGAGUAGAUAGCAUUAUCCCCCUUCUCAGGUGGGGAUACUGAGGGUCAGGGAGAGACAGGUUUCAUCACUGCAGGACAUAGCACAGGAGGAAGGGGUUUAACUGCAGGACGGGGUUUUAAGUCGCACUGGCGUGACAGACCUUGGGACAGAUCAUUUAAGGGAGGCUGUGGAAUUGGCUCUUCUGGUACGCGAGUUCAGAAAUUCAGAGGUGCAGGGUUCUGAAGACAUGUGCCCCUGGAGGGAGGGCCAGGGGACACAAAGGGAGACCCAAAGCCAAUGUAAGGGGCAAAUCCUAACUUUAGGAGAGAUUGGAGAAGGGAUCGGCAUUGUCCCCAGCAUCCCCAGCAGAACUGUGACCUGGAAAGGUCCCAGAGGAAGCCCACAGAGGAGCCACCCGCCCCCGUCCCCUCCCCGGCUCCUGAUUUUGGCAGGACUGUUGUUUUCACUAGUGUUUUCCAAUAACUUUGCACCUUGGCAGAAACCGGGUCCAGUGACUUCUGCCUGUAAUUGGCACAGGCUGCUUCCAGUUCUGGUGUGGGUAAGCGGGCCACUUGCUUUGCGCUUAUAACCCCUUCCCCCACCUGUACCUCAUCCCGCCCCACACACAUGAAGAGCGAAGGAUCUGACCCGGCCGUCCUGGGGUGUGCUGUGUGUAAAAAUACAUGGGGUUGAGCCAUUUCCUGCUGCUUCCGUUCUUGCAUGGCGAUAAGACACAGGGGACUCAGCUGUGGACAGAGAGGUCCUCCAGCAGCUGGGGUUGGGGGGGGGGGGGGCGGCCCUGGGAGAGCAGGACUCCAGGCCCGCCUGCUUUCUUCUGACCCCGCGGUUUCUCAUCUUUCCUAUCUCCUGGGACCUUUCCUUCCUUUCACCCCGACCCCCCAACCUUUCUCGGCUUCUCUUCUCCUUUGUGCCACCCUCAUGCGCUUGGGAAGCCUGCCUGCUGCUUGGAAAGGGACCGUCUGCUCCGUCCUGCACAUUUGCCCCCUCCUGAGCUAGGCCCUGGUACCUUCAGGCCCCCAGACUGGUCUCUGCUGCCCUUGGCCCCCAGGGGUUGCUCCUGGGACUUGAGUCCUCAGGACCUGGCCAGCACGGUGGGUGGGGCUGUGCUCCUCUCCCGCAUCUGAGAGAGCGUCUGGGAGAGCGGGCAGGGCCGGGUGCUCCUGCCGUCAUGAAGCGGAAGAGGUUGCUGACGACUCAGGAGAGCUGGAAGGUUGAGAAGGGAGACCUUGUGGCCCUGAGCCUCCCCGGCGGCCCCGGCCACGGUGACGCCGACGGUCCCGUCAGCCUGGACGUGCCAGACGGGGCCCCCGACCCCCAGCGGACCAAGGCUGCCAUCGACCACCUGCACCAGAAGAUCCUGAAGAUCACCGAGCAGAUCAAGAUCGAGCAGGAGGCGCGGGACGACAACGUGGCCGAGUACCUGAAGCUGGCCAACAAUGCAGACAAGCAGCAGGUGUCGCGCAUCAAGCAGGUGUUCGAGAAGAAGAACCAGAAGUCGGCCCAGACCAUCGCCCAGCUGCACAAGAAGCUGGAGCACUACCGCCGGCGCUUGAAGGAGAUAGAGCAGAACGGGCCCUCGCGGCAGCCCAAGGACGUGCUGCGGGACAUGCAGCAGGGCCUGAAGGACGUGGGCGCCAACGUGCGCGCGGGCAUCAGUGGCUUCGGGGGCGGCGUGGUCGAGGGCGUCAAGGGCAGCCUCUCGGGCCUCUCGCAAGCCACCCACACCGCGGUGGUGUCCAAGCCCCGGGAGUUCGCCAGCCUCAUCCGCAACAAGUUUGGCAGCGCCGACAACAUCGCCCACCUGAAGGACCCUCUGGAGGACGGGCCCCCCGAGGAGGCGGCCCGGGCGCUGAGCGGCAGCGCCACCCUCGUGUCCAGCCCCAAGUACGGCAGCGAUGACGAGUGCUCCAGUGCCAGCGCCAGCUCGGCCGGGGCGGGCAGCAACUCCGGGGCUGGGCCGGCGGGGGCGCUAGGGAGCCCCAAGUCGAACACGCUGUACGGGGCCCCCGGAAGCCUGGACGCUCUGCUGGAGGAGCUGCGGGAGAUUAAGGAGGGACAGUCCCACCUGGAGGACUCGAUGGAGGACCUCAAGUCUCAGUUGCAGAGGGACUACACCUACAUGACCCAGUGUCUGCAGGAGGAGCGCUACAGGUACGAGCGGCUGGAAGAACAGCUCAAUGACCUGACCGAGCUUCACCAGAAUGAAAUGACCAACCUGAAGCAGGAGCUGGCCAGCAUGGAGGAGAAGGUGGCCUACCAAUCCUACGAAAGGGCUCGGGACAUCCAGGAGGCCGUGGAGUCCUGCCUGACCCGCGUCACCAAGCUGGAGUUGCAGCAGCAGCAGCAGCAGGUCGUGCAGCUGGAGGGCGUGGAGAACGCCAACGCGCGGGCUCUGCUGGGCAAGUUCAUCAACGUGAUCCUGGCGCUCAUGGCCGUGCUGCUGGUGUUCGUGUCCACCAUCGCCAGCUUCAUCACGCCCCUCAUGAAGACACGCCUGCGCAUCACCAGCACCGCCCUCCUGGUCCUCGUCCUCUUCCUCCUCUGGAAGCACUGGGACUCCCUCACCUACCUCCUGGAGCACGUGCUGCUGCCCAGCUGAGCGGCCAGCCCACCCCUGCCCCGUGCUCCCCCCGGCCCCGAGAUGGCCACGCUUCUCCAGGAGGGACCCGGGGACCCCCGAGUCCCUUGAACUUGUUCGUGUGUCUGGUUUGGCCUCUUGCCCAAACUGUCCAUUCCAGCAGCUCCUGCCCCCUUCUCUGUUCUUGCUUCUGUCUGACGCCUUCUCCCUGUUGGCCUGAAGGGAGCCUCAAGCGCAGCCCUGGCCGGGCACAGCGAGGACAUCCGGGGCCAAAUGGAGCAGAGGAGGACACCGGGAUGGACCGUUCUGAUUAUUUACAGUCACACAAGGACUUCUCCCAGCGGACUCAGGAUGCAGCAAGUCAGGAGGGUCAAGAAGAGGAGCAGGAGAGGGCCACGCCCCAUCCUUCCAGGGAAGAGCCCAACCUGGAGGCAUCCACAGUUCCUUCCUGCGGAGACGGUCAGGGUGAAGGCCAGACGGCAAGCCGGGGGUGGGGCUCUGCUGGCCUCAGAGAAUGCCAGGGAGAGAAGGCAGGUCCCCCCAGCCUCUGGGCACCUGCUGGGCCAGAGGGCAGGCUCGGUCCACCCCUGGUUCCUCCAGAGCUGGUUUGAGGCUCACUUCUGGGCUGGGCCCUUCCCGGGAUAUGAAGGACGCAGGCUCUGGAGGCCAGGUGGAGUACAGCUUUUGGACUUGUGUUUUCCCUGUUGUUCUUUCUGCCUGUCACUGGAUCUGCUCUUUUCAGGGAAACAGGCCCCAGGGGCCCCCCGAGCCUCAGCCUAAGCCCUUAGGCCUCUGGGAGCAUGUUGGGUUCUAUUUAUUUAUUUAUUUGUUUGUUCCUUUGUACCUUGUCCCCCCUGAGCUCCAGGGAGAGGGAGAGGCCCUGCCCCUGUCCUCUCUCGGAAGCCAGGGCCUUCUUCUUGGCUGUUGGGCACUUCCGUACCAUUUCGCCUCUGGAUAAUCCUGGCUAGGGGAAUGGGGGCGAAGCCACCCAGCCCCACUCUCCCAAAGCACCCCUCAGCCAGGACGGGAGGAGCAUAGCCUCUCUUUUAUACAUCUGUUUAUUUUGUAUGUGUGUAUUUGUGUGGAGGAGGUUGUUUGUUGCUUUAUUUUUUUAAGGCUCUGGAGUGUUGUGUAUGGUUUCUCUUCACAUCCCAGCCUUCCCACGGGCACUUCCAAGAAAAGAGGGCAUUUCUCGCAAAACAAAAGAGAAAUCCCUUAGAGCGGAGGAGGGUAGUGCCUGUCAGCUGUGGUGGACCUUCCUGAAAAAUAAAUAUCCUCUAAAUUUUCAAAGCA